CAAGGGCAGACUACUGCAAGUUGUAUACAAACUUACAAGAUGGCGACGGAGCAGCACGUGGAGAAAAAUAGUAGCAAAGUGUACAUACCGAAAACAAUAGCACUAGAUGCCGAAAAUGAAGAAAAAUUCGAAAAAGACGUAGAGAAUAUUCGAAAGAAAAAAGCAUCAGAAAGCAACAAGAGAGGGGUGAUCUACUUGGGUCACAUUCCUCGUGGCUUCUUUGAGCCACAGAUGAGGGCUUUUUUCAGCCAGUUUGGUGUCAUUACCCGGCUCAGAUUAAGCCGGAGUAAAAAGACUGGAGGGUCCAGAGGAUAUGCCUUUAUUGAAUUCAAGUAUGAAGAUGUGGCAAAACUUGUUGCAGAAACUAUGAAUAAUUAUUUAAUGUUUACUCGCCUGUUGAAAUGUGAAUUUUUACCAGAGGAUAGAGUGCACCCAGAAAUGUUUAAAGGGAGCAGAAGAAAGUUUUCUCAUCCAAAGGCGGAUCAGGUAGCAGCUAAUCGUCAAAACAGUUUUAAGAGUGACGAGAGACUGAGGAAGAUCCAGAAGAGGCUUGUGAAUAAGCAGCGAGCAACUUCGAAAAGACUCCUGAAUCUUGGGGUUCAGUACUCUCUUGAUGUGCAGAUUCCAUCAUCCUUGCCCAAGGAAAAAAAGGACGAUUCUGUGGAAAAGGCAGCAGUCAGCAGUUAAGACAUCAAAGGAUGCCGUCAACAAAAUAAACAAUGGCAAACAGAAGACAAGUACAGCUAGAAACCAGUCCGUGAAAGGUUCUGGCUUAAAAAAGUCUUCAAGUGCGAAAUCUAAGAUUUCCAAAGGAUCUUCCAGCUUGAAAAGACUGUUGACACUAAUCCCCUAGAAGAUUAGAAAACAUGUCAAAAGAUUGAAUUGGAGUGUAUGUGUGCAUACACCUCUGUAUGUCUGCUUGUAUAUAUUAUUGGAUGUGAAGGGGACUGUUAGGAAAAUAAACCAGAAUUCUAAAGAAACAUGAAUAAUUUAUGACAAUAUGUUGCAGUUGUAAAAUCUACAGCCGUUCUGCUACUUUUUUCUUUUCCUUAAAAAACCCAUAUUUAACAUGACUUGGGGGAAAAACCACCACGUAACACACAAGGUGUAGUCAAAAAUAAACCAUCCAAAACAGU